UCGAUCGCGCUGUCGCGCUGGCCUGACAAUUAUCCCGAUCAGGUUCACGAUCGAAGAGAAUUCUCGCCCAUGGUCGCCAUCACAACAAAGCCAGCCAACACACACACACACGCAAUACGUCAUCAUAACUACCGAAAGUAGAAAGACAGAUAGCGAACGGCAGAAGCAACGGAAGCAGCGGCCUGAGUGAGAGAGACUGCCGCUUCCCGCUUGGGUGCAACGUUUUCUAACCUCAACAAAUUCAACAAGAUUUCGUGUUCCCACUGAGUGCGGUUUGUGUUCCAUUGUAUGUACACUAGAGAACGUCAUCGAUUACAUUACGUUUCGGUCAGAUUACAAAAUAGUCAGCCAAUAACUAAUAGUUCAACAACUGGUUCGCCGCAACGAAUUUUUAGUUAACAACGUUCCGUCAAAAGGUGGGAUAACCAUGUCGCUUUGGGCCCGGGUAAAUCAACUUCCAAGCCAUAUUAUAGAGCAGAUCCGUUUCAUCUAUGGGGCCAAUUUCCCCAUCGAAGUACGCCACUAUCUGGCGGAAUGGAUCGAGGAACGCCUGCUAAAUGCUCCCGUGUUUGCUGACCAGGAAGGUGCGUGCGAGCAGGAUGCUGCGAACUUCGUCAACCAGUUGAUAAAUGAACUCGAACGAAAAGCAGUUUCUCUGCCGGAGAACAACAUCACGAUUAAAAUACGACUGAACGAGUCAGCACGUAACUUUCGACAGUUGUUUUCACACAAUCCCUCCCAGUUAUACCAUCACCUAAUAACCUGUCUACAACGCGAACGUCAAUGUGUCGCAUAUCCGGAGGAGUGCGCUUCGGUACAAGACUCCGAGGUAAACGAGGUUUUCACCACGUUACAGCAGCUACAAAUCAUGGUGAGGUCCAACGAGAAUGACAAUCGUAAUCUGACGAAAGAGUACGAGCACUUAUUACUGGAGGUGCACGAGUUGCAGAAGAAUCGUGCACAAAUAGACGCGGUAGAGAAUCCGGAGAUGCGAGCGCAUCGACACAGUCAAAUCACUCAACAUCAGAAGAUGGUCAGCGAUCGACUGCAAUUGUGUUCUGGCAGGCGAAUUGCUUUGGUUGAAAACUUCAGGAAAACGAUCUUGAUCACCAAUGAGAUGCUGAACAAAGUGUUGAACAAGUAUCUUGCCCAAUGGAAAAUCAACCAGGGUUUCGCUGGAAACGGCGCGUCUACCAUCAGUGCAAACAACCUGGACACUAUUCAGGCUUGGUGCGAAAGUCUGGCUGACAUUAUUUGGAAUACUCAAGGUCAAAUUCGUCUCGCUAUCAAGAACAAAUCUAAGCUGCACGUAGAGCAAGAAGAUGUACCGGAUGUACUAUCCCAGGAGAUAGAAGACGCUACCAGUUUGCUAAAAACACUUGUAACAAGUACAUUCAUUAUUGAGAAGCAGCCGCCACAGGUGAUGAAAACUAACACUCGAUUCGCCGCUACUGUCCGCUUACUCGUCGGCAACACACUCAACAUCAAAAUGGUGAACCCGCAGGUGAAGGUUUCUAUUAUUUCUGAAGCGCAGGCCCAGCAAACACAACAAUUAAACAAAGCUUCAGAACAGUCGUGUGGCGAAAUAAUGAACAAUAUUGGAAAUCUCGAAUAUAACGAGACGACCAAGCAACUGUCCGUUAGUUUUCGCAAUAUGCAGCUAAAGAAGAUAAAACGGGCAGAGAAAAAAGGAACGGAGUGCGUAAUGGAUGAAAAGUUUGCCCUUCUGUUCCAAUCAAGCUUUGCUAUUGGUCACGGAGACGUAGUAUUUUCGGUUUGGACUAUUUCGCUACCGGUCGUCGUUAUCGUACACGGUAACCAGGAACCUCAAUCGUGGGCCACCAUCACAUGGGACAAUGCGUUCGCCGACGUCAAUCGCAUCCCUUUCCAAGUGCCAGAUAAGGUGUGUUGGAACAAGCUGGCAGAUGCGUUAAACAUGAAGUUCCGUGCUUCAACUGGUCGCUCGCUGACUUCGGAAAACAUGCACUUUCUGUGCGAGAAAGCAUUCAAAACCAGUCUACCGUUUCCGGUUCCGAACGAUUUAACUAUAAUGUGGUCGCAGUUCUGCAAAGAACCGAUCCCAGAUCGUUCAUUCACCUUCUGGGAAUGGUUCUACGCCGCCAUGAAGGUAACUCGCGAGCAUCUUCGCGGACCGUGGAUGGAUGGCAGCAUCAUCGGGUUUAUCCAUAAAUCGAAGGCUGAAGAUUACCUUCUGAAGUGCUCCCGUGGCACCUUCUUGCUACGCUUUUCGGAUAGUGAGCUCGGUGGUAUUACUAUCGCGUGGGUGAAUGAGGGCAACGACGGGCAACCACAGAUUCUUCAUAUUCAGCCGUUCACCGCUAAAGAUUUCUCCACUCGUUCGCUCUCAGAUCGCAUUCGCGAUUUUGACGAUUUAUACUACUUGUUUCCCAAUAAGCCGAAGCACGAAGCGUUCGAUCGCUACACAACACCUGUUGGUCCCCCGCGCAACAAAAAUUAUAUUGCGUCAGAAGUGCGCGCAGUGCUGAUGCCGGGGCCAACCAGUAACCAAAUGAACAGCUACCCUAAUACUCCGAGUUACAACAUUCAAUCUCCAGAUGCAUCACGUGACACUCCUUCCACAGGCUAUGGUAACGUGAACUUCAGUCAGGUACCCGAUUUCGAGUUAGAAAACAUCGGUAUAUUUUCUACACAGUUUCAUUAGCCGAACGCAUCACAGCCGGUGUGCUGUAAAAUAUUUUUUUUCUACAUUGGGCAUACGUUUUGUUUUUCUAUACGGAUACCAGACAAAUUCAAAUCGUUAUUAUUUAAGCCUUUUUUGAAGUACAGGAAUCACAGGACUCCCUGACCGACGAUCUCAGAAUGGUAAGGAUAAAAUGAACAGUCUUCCUAGCCGUACCAAAAGCUGCUAUUUAACAAUAAUCGUUUUGUUGCUUUGAUCAGAAUUUUAGUAAACAAAACAUUGAACCGAACGCACUAUACGUCAAUACUAAGAAAAAUGUGUGUAGUGAAAUUAAAAAUGAAGUGAAGGUACACCUCAAUGGAAUUUGAAACUAAAUUGCCUGGAAGUAUCGUCUUUCCCGCAACUUUUAACGCAAAACAUCGAAUUAAAAUAUUGUUUUUUUUUGCGUAUUUCUACACAGCAGUCUGUGCACAGGAACGGAGCGAAGGUUAUGGUUAUGAUCAUGCAGAUGAUGCUCCUAGCUAUUUAAGAUAUGCAUCUAGAAUCACUUCAAUGUCAUUUUAUUAACAUAAAAUUGACUAAAACGACAAUCGACGACACGAUAAGAGACUCUAGUAGACUUCACCAACAUAGUUUGAAUGACUGCAUAUUGUUAGUAUCGUUCAGUACUUUUUCAUAAGUUUGUCCAGUAAAAAAUGUAUUGAUAUGUCCUUGCUCGACUGUGCUUACUUCUGAAGGGUUUAAAAGAAAACUCAAAUUGGCAAUCGGUAUAACUGUAUGGGUAACGCGUCCUACAUUUAGAAUCUGAAUUCCAUUAAAAUGCUUAAGGGCACAAUAUUGUACAUACAUUUUCAAAAAAAAAAAAACAGUUUUGUUCAAGUAUCUUUUAAAUUUGUAUAAGCUUUUUCAAAAUGUAGUAAAAGAAAUGUCUAUGUUUGAAAUCUUUAGAUUCUUUCAUCACGCAGGGGCUAGCGAAACAAAGUUUAUCAUCUGAACAUAUGAAUAAUAUGUGGAAAUACGUAUAUUUUCUUUUUGAAUAGCUUUUUUAAGAUGUUUAAUGUUAGUUUAAGAAUCUUAGAGCAAAAUUAUGACGAUUAAAUGACAUGUUGCUUCAAUGUCGUAUAGCGGUACAACCAUUUGCAACCGUAGGUGAAUUUGAGCGAUGCGAAAGAAAGUUUAUUUGAGGCAUGAAAUUUUUAAUUUUUUAAUUCUUAUUCCUUCAUUUGGCUAGAUAUAAUAGCAGUAAAAGUAGAUUUAGUUAUUUAUGAGUCAUAAUAACGUGAUGUUUAUGCGGUUUGGUAAUUAAAAGCAGAACCAAGGGUGAGAAAUGCACGGCGAAUUUUAUUCCCCCGCUUGUAAAAUGAUAGAAACUCGGAAAAAUGUAAGCUAACGGAUGAAGAUCGUCAAAUAGUCAAAUAAAUAUAAAUAUGGCGUAUUGGCAUAUUUGGCCAAAAAUAUUUGACGAAAGAGAGGCAAAAAUCGAUAAAAUAACCAAGAGUUUUAGUAAUGAAGGUUGUGUUUAUCGUGUUAAAGCUGAUGGGCAUAAAAAAUCAACACCAAAGCAUACUGAUAAAAGUAUAGUAAACAUAUAAAUUCGAAAUUGUUUUCUAUCUUCCAAAACUAUUCAACAAAAACAUCAAUCAGAAGGUAUAGUUGUGCCUUCUGUGCCAGACAUCCGACCUACACAAUAUAAUCUGUCAAAAAGUUCAAGCACCUAAGUAAGCCAAUUUAAAAAAAAAGAAUAAUAUUAUACCAUCAGCAUAUUUUAAAUACUACCUUCAUUUUGGGCGAAGGUGCUCUGGACUAGUGCAUUGUCGGUAAGACUCAACCACAGUUGUGGGGAGUUGACUUGAAAGCCUACGAAAACAUGAUGACAGACUUGUUGGUCAAGAUUUCAUUCUACAACAGAAUAAUGCACCAAUUCAUAAAGCACAAGUAGUCAUGCUGUUCCUCUAGGAUGGAGAUUUAAGGUUUUAGACUAUCUUCCACAAUGCACAGGGCAGCGAACUAUUGAGAAUAUGAUGUUCAUUGGUAUAGGUAAUCGAGUAGCUGAAAAAAUGUGACGUAAUUUAUUAGAAUUUGCUCAAUGAACUGUAACUGUUUUAACAGCUUGGUCAACAAUAAUAAUUGAGGGCCGUAUGACAUGACAAAAUCCCGCCGUUCUGCAAUAUCUAAGCUAAGCGGCAUGCAUUGUGGAAAAGGAACUUUGUUCAGCACCAGAGAAAUUUUGUGUGCGUGGUAUAUGCAUGGCUAACAUUAUUCGUGUGUAUCAAUGAUCCCUAAAAGGCCAGGAAUAAUCUUUACACGUCCUAAUCUAUGUUUUGGCUGAUCUUUUAUUGACUCAAAGACAUUUCUUUGCAUUUAAUAGAUUUUUUUUUCUUUUGAAAUAAACUUUGUUUCGCUAGCCAAUGUAUCAUUGAAAAGAUUUUAGUUUUUUUAAGGUUUUGUUUUCACGUCAAACCUCUAAUCGAAGCAAAACACAAGACUUUAGUUUAAUAUAAUUGAAAGUGGUAUAAUUGGAAACAUUUCUUGGCUUUUUUGUACGAUUUUGA